GGUCUUUCAUGAUGCCAUUGAAGCUCUACGAGUCUCAUAUAGAAAGAUGAAUCCAUUUUGUGUACCAUUCGCUACUACAAACAUGGGUUCUGCCAUGCUUGCCAUGGAUCUAGGGUGGAUGGGUCCUAACUACUCAAUAUCUACUGCUUGUGCAACAAGCAACUUCUGUAUAUUAAAUGCGGCAAACCACAUCAUCAGGGGUGAAGCUGAUGUGAUGCUCUGUGGGGGAUCAGAUGCUGCAAUCAUCCCAAUUGGAUUGGGAGGCUUUGUCGCAUGCAGAGCACUGUCACAAAGGAACGGUGAUCCCGCCAAAGCCUCACGCCCCUGGGAUAAUGGCCGUGAUGGAUUUGUUAUGGGAGAAGGUGCUGGAGUAUUACUUCUUGAAGAACUUGAGCAUGCUAAGCAAAGAGGGGCGACUAUCUAUGCUGAGUUUCUUGGUGGAAGCUUCACUUGUGAUGCUUAUCACAUGACAGAACCUCAUCCAGAAGGAACUGGUAUAAUUCUCUGCAUAGAGAAGGCUCUGGCCCAGUCAGGAGUUUCUAAGGAAGACGUCAAUUAUAUAAAUGCACAUGCAACCUCUACUCCAGCUGGUGAUCUGAAGGAAUAUCAAGCUCUUUUACAUUGCUUUGGGCAGAACCCCGAGUUGAAGGUGAACUCUACAAAAUCUAUGAUAGGGCAUCUACUUGGUGCAGCUGGUGCUGUGGAGGCUGUUGCAACUGUGCAGGCAAUACGAACUGGCUGGGUUCAUCCAAAUGUCAAUCUUGAAAAUCCAGAUGACAGUGUGGACACAAAUGUACUCGUUGGACCAACAAAAGAAAGACUUGAUGUUAAGGUUGCUCUGUCUAAUUCGUUCGGGUUUGGUGGCCAUAAUUCCUCAAUUCUGUUCGCCCCAUUCAAGUAGAUUUAAUGGCGCUUAAUUCUAAAUCGAACCACGAUGGAGGUGGAGAUGGGUUCUAUCUACUACAUAAGUACUGAACGAUGAUCGAACGGAGGAAAGAAGUGUUAGUGAUCCUCCAAAUUGUAGCUGUGUUAAUCUUUUGCAUUGACCGGAUACAGAAAACAAUCUCUUCUGUAACUACUAACCCUUGAUUUUGAUCAAAAUUAGCUACCAAAACAGAGAUUUCAAUCUUGUAUGAUUAAGUUUUGAUUAGAAUUUGAUGCAAGUAUUUAUCUGAUUGAAUAGGAUUCUGCAUCUGCAA